UGUUGGAUACCUUCAUUUCACCGCUUGUGUCACUGUCAACGUCGAAUGUGCUUUCAUGGCGAUGUUUUAGGAAAUAAUGAGUCUUUAGAAUCUACAGCGUUGUUUCUAAUAUUGUAGAAUGUAGAAUAUGGCAACAGAUGUAGAAAAUGGCAACGUUCGAUAACUUCGGUUUGAAUUUUUAAACGAAAUCGGCCAUUUUGUAUCGAAGAAAAGUUUGCCACCUCAACAAGCGUUGUUCUCAAUGUAGGUGUGUCACGUGACUUCAACAGGUUUCUUCUUGGUGUGUUUCUACAGGAUUAUUACUGUCUUCAUAAACAAAAUAAACUUUAUUGCGAAGCAGAUAUGGCCUCCUCAGUUUGUGCUGACGACGAUGACAUCUCGUGCAGUCUCUGUAUGGAAGUUUUCAGCGACCCGAGGACAGUACCGUGUGGGCACACUUUCUGUCGCGCAUGCCUACAGAACCUCUUUAACGCCAACAAGAAGGCUCACGACGUUUGUCCCUGUCCCGUAUGCAGAAAGGCCGUGCAUAUCCCAGACAGGACGAAACCCGUAUCAUCAUGCGCCGGCCAGUUCCCACGCAACGUGGCGCUCGUACAGGCUAUAGACACCAUCAACAAGUUAAAACAACGUGAUGCGCCAACAACCUCAACAAAAACAGACCACCUGAAGCAGAAUAUGAAGGCGAUCUGCGAGAACCUGGAGUGGUUCAACGAAAUUCUUAAAAACCAGAUGAAGUCGGAGAUUAAACGACUCGACAACAGUGUCCGAACCAGCACACUUCAGACUGCAGACGAAAUCGACCGGAGGGGAGACGAGAUUGUGACCGCCGUUCGCGACGAGCAGGCCAGGAUGAAGAAAGAGCUACAUCAAUGCCAGCUCGCCACAAACAGUGAAAUAUGGAAACUGUUCACACAACACAAGACUGUCAUAGACGAAGGGAACAAAGUUGUGAAGCUGGGCUCGCAUCUGAUUCAGUCGGGAUCGGUUUCCGACAUCGAGAAGAACAUUUCGAAAUUCAUGAAACUACAGAAGAUAACGUCUGACUUCGUCGACACCGCUAGGUCUUUAGCACCCGUCCCCGACUUGAAAGUGACUGUGGCGCCAUCCCGGACUGCCUCUGUUGUGAGUAUUGGUGAAGUUUCACCUCCGGACAUCAGGUCUCUCAUUGAGACACGAGCAAGAAUCCUAGACAUAUCGGGCAUCCUGCCGGAUCGGAAGACCGAUAAACUGAUACAGGCAGGCGCGUUUAGCACGCAGGCGAAAGAUGCCCUUCCUCCUGGCAUACAGUGCAUCCUGGUUCUCGAAGGCGAACGAUCGAACACGAUCGUCGUGACCGAUUGUUUCAACGUCUGUGUGAAAUGUUUCUGCGCGGAGACGUCUGCUCUCCACAGCAAAUACGAGGUGUUCGGCGCACCGUGCGGCCUCGCCGAGUCACGUGACCAGCAGGUGGCGGUCGUCCUGCCAAUAGAACACCAGAUACUGUUUCUCACUUUGCGGGAUGACAUCCGCCUUUCGAAAACUCUGAGGACCGACAAACGGUACUAUUACAUAUCCAUGCUGCCUGACAACCGUAUGGCGGUCACCGGGGGGUCGUCUCUCUCCCAUGAAAACAGACUGGGUAAAUAUGUUGACGUUCUGGAUGAGGAGGGUAGAGUGAUCCAGUCCCUACUGUGUGACAUCAACAUCGAGCCGUGGUGUCUCGCCAUGAAAGGAGACUCCCUAGUCGUCGUAUCCGACAGUCGUACACUGGCAUCUGUGACGUCAUCAGGAGAAAUCACGUGGGUGAAGCAGGACACAGAGAGGCUACAUCAUCUACGCGGCAUAACGUGUGACGUGGAGGAGUUUGUUUACGUCUGUGACGAUGCCAGGAGUUGCCUUGUUCAGUUGUCACGUGACGGGGAGAUCAUCCGGGACAUUCUCACGUGCCAGGAUGGACUGACCGAGCCUCUGUACGUCUGCUGUGAUCAGCACAAACUGUACGUCGCCCAGAGCAACGGAGAAGUUAAAAUAUUUAUGUGGAGCAAAGACUAAAACUGCAGUAUAUCAUCUCCAUUGAUUCUGUGACAUGCACAAUAAUUGUGCCUAUAAAUACAACUGCUGUUUUAAUAA